UUUGUAUGGAUUCGCUUCGACUUGUGGAAUGUCAUUGUCCUUUUCUCAAAUUUUAGUAAUUGCAUGCAGUAAAUGCAUGCAGUGAGGCAAGAUUUGCUUCGCUUGACUGCAUGCAUGGAUUAACAUCCUCAUUUCAGCUUUAUAUGUGUGUCUCGCUUGUAGUUUACAGUUAUAUCUCAAGCUAAGGAUAUACGUACUGUUAUUUCUUGGGGCAAAUCUAAAAUAUCGAUAUCAGGCCCCUCUUUUUAUGUUGAACUAGAAACUGCUCAGCACAAUCAAAGACUAUAAUGCAUCGAGUCUAAAUCUGAAUACCAAGAAAAAGAAUCUGGUAAAAUCUUGAAGUUAUCCUGCUGGUGCGCAAGAAAACUAAAAGGAAUUGAUUAUUACAAUGAUGUUAAUAAAAUACCUGCCUUAGUACUAAUAUACGUACUGAACCAGCCAAUGUCGAAAAGGCACAAAAUGGGGUGGUAGUUCAACAGCUGAGAAUGGCUUUUGAAAUCGAAAAUGUGGAAGUUGAACCGUUGUUAUCACUACUCCAAAGGUCCCACAAACAGAUGAAAAACAUCAAAUGUGAGUCGCCUUUCAUUGAUGUGAAAGUAAACGAUGCCACGCGUUGUCAUGACAAGAGGAUUGACCUGAAUGAUCGAAAAAGACCAAGAACUGCUUUCUCAGCCCAUCAGAUCAAGGAAUUAGAGGAGGAAUUUGAGAGGAAUAAAUAUCUAACGGUUUCGCGAAGAGUGGAAAUGUCUAAAUCUCUGAAAUUAACCGAGACCCAGAUCAAGAUUUGGUUCCAAAACAGAAGGACAAAGUGGAAGCGCAAGAUGGCUGCCCAAAUGGAAUACGCCCAUAAUCUUUAUACACAGAGUAUAUUUAGUCAACCCAUGGGAAUGGCUGCGUGUUGUACCCCAGGAAAUGCACAAUAUUACAAUGGCUACCACACAUCGUCAACAGAAACAGGGCACCUACACUGCUGCCAUCAAAAUAACUUAUUAAGACAACCUUUUCCUUUUACAUAUCCAUGUAAUCUUUCUACGACAAAUUUCCCACAAACAAAUGAUAUUCGGCAGACGGCACUGUAGUAAUAUUAAUACAACACUUGACUCAAUUCAAUCUUUACGAACCAAUGUUUGUCUGCAUCGAAUAGGUUCAACUUCUCAUUAUAACACCUGUAUGUAUGUAAAGUUUAUUAUGAAUACAUAGCCUAAAAGAGAAUUUUGUAAAAAGUCUUAUAUAGAAUGUAAUUAUAUCGUAUACUGUUAUCCUCUGCAUGAUCAUGAGGAUACACACAUGCAUAUUCGUCUAUCCUCUCUUUGACACAGCUAGAUCCUUGCACAAAGGCCAAUGUAGCUAAUGACAUGGUUGCAUGAUUGUUCACUCCAUCCUAUAUGUGAAUGGAUAUAAAAUUCUUCAUGCACUGGAUCAAGAAAUCGCAGCAGUUCUAAAUAGGUUCGAAUGAGCAACCGGCUCCAGAUAUAGCUAUUCAUACAGGUUAUAGGUAGUAAAAACCUGGGUACAAGGUUGGUUAUAGCUACACGAGUUGUAAGACUACAUAUGGUUUGAACGAAUUGUUUAAUUGAUAAGAAAAUUAUUUUGCUUAUUCAAACACGCUCACAUUGAUGGGGAAGCGUUGGGGAUUUUUAAAAGUAUAUUGUCGGAAGCUUUCGGAGGCUUUAUAAGCUACGGGUGUGUGUCGCAAAUUAAUAUAUUUAAAUUACUUAAUGGUAUUAUGAAGAAGAUUUCUGAACAUGGACAAAAAAUUUAUCAUUGUCACUGUUAGUAUCAUUGUAAUACAUGCCGCAAUCAGUGUUUACCUUUGAUAAUUUCAUUGAUUAUUACGCCGUUUAUUAGGUUUCAUAAUAAUAAUAUCUCAUAUAGGACUCUGGCUGCAUGCAAUUGCACGAUAUUGCUAUAUUCUGAAGAAAUAUUCGAUCUAAUAAUAAUAGUCUUGAAAGCAAAAAGAACAAAGCAUCCAAUUAAACAGCGGU